AUGGACGCGUUUCUCCAAUCGCUAGCGAACGUCCCGCCUGGCAUUGACCCAGAAGUGUUGUCCGAGAUCAAUGCGCUGUUUCUUCAGUCUCCCCAACAAGGCGCUCCAUCGCGUACAGAUGAUGCCCAUUCCGUAUCUGGUAUGGUUGAGGAUACUGAAAUGGGCUCGGUAAAUGCAGUGGCCGUUUCUCCAGAGAAAGAUACCAAGUCACAACCGAGUCCAGAAGAAGGCAAAGACGAGGGCAUAUGGGAGGAAAGCGAGCCGUCCAAGUUACACCCACCGAGGAUCGUCGCGCGCUAUAGCUACCCAUCAGAGAGCCGACCAAUGCAGAAAAAAAGGCCUCGGCCUUUACCUGCUCCACCGAGAUUGGCUCCACAGCCAUCCCUAUUCAGUCGCAUAAUUAGCUAUAUCGGCAGCUAUUUUGACCCCGAAGCCGCUAUCAUCGAGUACACUGACAAAGAAAUCGCUCAACAGUCUCAAGUUUCUAUCGAGGUCCAACAGGUCGAGAACCAUAGCUCGAGCGAGGAUAAAAAAGUGAUACGCGUCGUCGCACUGGUGGCCAAUGGUGUUGAAGAGAAUGGCGAGAUGAAAGCGGCACCGAUCGAGAUUAAAGCGAGACAUAAGAGGGUCCGAGACAUCAUGAAGGAUCACGGGGCGAGCGACUGUACCGACUCGGACCAGAAACUGAAAACCGACGGCAUCGUCGUCAGAAUCACCGCAAUGCCGCUAAAGCCCCAAACAACCGGUAUACGAACACCCAACGCAGUAACAAGUCUAAAAGUUUCAACAAACCGGGCAAAUAGAUCCAAGAGCUAUGAUGGUAGGAUAUCAGAAUCAUGCCUGGUCACACGUACCACUUGGCCCAUGCCACGAUGGACUACGCAUAGAGAUUACGAGCCUUGCUUUCUCGACAUUGCUCUCUCUAUUGACCCGGAGGAUAUCGUCUCACAUAGAGUUCUCCCUGCAAUGCUCUUCGACUUCUGUGGCGCAAAAUAUAUCAAGAAAUACAUUUCCCGCCGGUCUAACGGCUCUACACUUCUCAUCCUCCCCGCGUCCCAUUGCGAGCAUCAAGGCAUAAGACUCAUCAUUCGGUGGAUGCAAACCGCGUACAGUUGCAAAACUCACAACAUCGUCCCAGCAGAAUUCAUCGAAGAGUUCGUCGACUUAUGUUGUGCCGAGCGCGCCCUAUUAGUCUUGAACCUACAGGAAGAAGCUGAAAGUAUUCGCCUCCGCUUGGAACCUUUACUUUUGUCUGAACCUACCUUUGCGGUCUUUGAGCUCAAAGCCGUCUGGAAAACUUUGCCGCGGUACAGCUACUGGGCGGAGAAGGUGCUGGACCACAUCAAGCUCCGACUCGAAAAAGUGAUCCGUAUGGAGAAGAAGCACAGAGACAAGGUGUGCUGCGACACCUGCGGUGUCAGAGUGCUUGAAGAUCCAUAUGGGCAUACAGACCCUAGUUGUCUUGUUGCGUGGAUGUUAUCAGACGAGACGCUACGUAAAGCGUUCGGGAAUUACAAGAAUGGCCGUGGUCCGCAUUUGCAUACGGAAUUUGCAGAGGACGGUCCUCCAUCUACUGUGAGGGGGAUUCAGGAAUGGAUCUUGGAAGUCGAAGACACAAAGCCUUAUCCUUUCGGACAGUUCCCUAGUGAAGACCGCCUUAUUGGCGACGUUAAGAGAAAGACCCCUGUCUUCAAAGACCCAGGCUCGAUCCAAGAAGGGUACAGACUACAGUGGUUGGACAAAGGCGGCUACUACAUCGAAACGGUCCGCAAACAACACUUGGCGACGUUCACCGAUCGCGACAUCGAACCAACGGAAAUCAGUCGUCAAUGGCUCAUAAGCCGAGGAUAUCGCGGUGGAGGAGAUGACGGACAGCCUGUGCAGAGUCCUCUAUACAUACGCGAAGGAGGCGAUCGUGUACGCUUUGCAUUUCGGGAUGGGCCUCUACAUGAACCGAAACCAAUUCGUCCUUGGGAAACACACUUGAUUGUCAGAAGGCCAUGGGUCUUUGAAGACGCCGCUCCGCAAAGUCCUGAGGAAAGUUCUGACGACGAGGCGGAAUGCACGACGAUAUGAUCCGUUGCAACUUCUGGACCGGAAUGGGCGCAUGUAGUGGAAAUGUGGCAAGAGUUUUGCGAGCUUGUUUUUGUUGUUUCUCUAGGGAGCUCUAGAGAGGGAAUGUGUCGGUUCUUUCUUAGUAGUGAUCAUGAUCACGAUCCUU